CAAUCCUCCACUUCGGUCUUGGCUACCCUCAUUGCUCACGGCUGCGUUUCUCUCUCUUUUUUCCUAGGCGACUUCCUUUCUGUAUAGGAUUCUACGUUUCUGUGAAUACAGGUACGUUUUACAUCCGAGGAGGCACAUACGGUAUUUCGAAUUCCCGAAGGCGUUUUUAGUUUCUGUCGUCUCCUUGGGCCAUGCAGUCACUAGCGUAUCAAGACUUUGAUUCAAUUCCCUUUGCCCCAAUGUCAUUUUCAUCUCCGAAAUCUUCAUCUUCCUCGCCGUUGUCUGCCGCAGAGCAAAGCUGGUAUGCUUCGAGCCCCCAUCGGCCUGGACCCAUCCCCAGUGACCUCGGUACACCUCACCUCAGAGACGAAGACAUCAUUGCAGGCAUGUUGCUGGAAAAUACUUGCAAAAGGUAAGUUUCUGAUCCAAGCGCGAGCAGGCAGUGAUGUGAUAUUCAAGCUAGAAUUUCGUCUGCAACCAUGACGAAAUUAGAAGAUCAGCGCAUCGGUUUCUGCUCUCUUGAUCUUCGAUACCCCCCCAUAGAUCCCCGCAGAUCGCGUCGUCGCUGCAUGAACUUUGGCUUCGGCAGAGAAGAGCUCCAUCCUAAAACACCUGCACUUGUGCAGACCAAAUACCAGCACGAAGAAAGAGAUGAUACAAGUAGGUCUGUUUCUACGCCAUUGGACACUUAUACGGGAACGGAAUCAGACCUUUCUCCGCUCAAAGACAUCGAGUUUGAAUUACCCUGGCCACCUUCAAUUGGACCCAUGAUUCGCCGCAUGAAAAGUUCGCCAUCCUUUGCGGAAUCCUUGCACACGUUUAGCGGACACUGCACGACGGUGCCUGCUCGGUUAUUCCGACAUAACAGUUCCUGGAGCCGAAUUGCAUCUGAGCAACAACUCGGCACCCCCCACGAGGCGCUGCUCUCUUCAACCUUACAGAUUACUGACAGGAGAACGGAUGGUCUUUUGCAGGAGCUGGAAGAGAGCAUAGAUCCCGAGUCUUUGAUACUCAAUGCGGUCAACACCAGCUGCGCUGCUCGCUGGCAGAAAACUCAUCGAGCAUCCAAGACAGAUCCCCAUCUGCCCUCUCAUGUCCAUCCUUGGAGCCGUGAGUCGCACGCUACACCGAAAAGCAGCCUACCUCAUGAACAGAAUCACACAAAUCCUGCAUCGGCAUCCGCUCACAACCGCAUGCCAAGAAUUAUACGGCGGGUCGUUAGCUUGAUGACAUCUCCAAGGUUUGAGAACAGUAUCCUCGCUCCGUCGCGAACUACCCACAAAAUGCGGUCUUGGAGAUUCAUUCCAUUGUCUGAGUCACAGUCAGAAAAACCGAAACCACAACCCAAGUCCCAGCUACGUGGUCGGUCGAUAUCGAUGGAAUUUCAGAAGGGUCGAUCCAGUGCCCACGGACGUUCUCUUUUCACCUCGUCAUCGAGUAACGUCAAAAAACCGUUUCAUAAGUCCAUUCUCUCCUUACCUCUCGCCGGGCUCCGCCCGUCCACUGGGAGCCAGAUGGACUGCAAUCCACCAAUUUCCAAACGGCCGGUGACCCAGGUUUGGCAUCGUCCUGUUGUUCAAGAUGCGGACAACAGCGUAAUAGGUUUGACAUCUUUCAUAGACAUCACCCCCGAACAGAGAGCGCGCAACAAAUCUGCAUAUGCGGGUAGAGACCGGGUCCGCAACUUGUGGCAGAAAGCCAGCAACAGCAUACUUGGUUGGGGAAAGACAGCCCGGAAGAAAACAUAAAAGAACAGACCCUCGUUCGUCUUGUAUGAUCUUAGAACCACCCAUCAUCCAUUUUAGACAUGUACAUUUAUUGUAAUGUAAUUAAGCUGUGUAUCCUCUUCACGAAUUGCAU